CUUGUGGUGAGCGGACGUGUUUUUUUGUUGUUUGGUUUGGUUUUCCGUUUGCCGUUUUGCCGAACGAACGCCGGAGUACUUUUAUUUUGUUGUUAAGUGCGCGUCGUAGUCGUCGUACCGCCGCUAUUGUUCACGUUUGUUUAGAUUUCCUUGCGCGGACCCAAAACACCAAUUAUUAUCGAUGGUGGGCGCACAGACGACAGCGACUACUCCCAACUCUCUUCCACUCCAAGCCCUCUCGUUCUCCCCCUCACCACUAUUCCCCCCCUUCCCCAGCAGCCAGUGUUUCGAAAAAUGUCUGAGACCAUUGAAAGCGACCAAGGAAUCCGUCCUCUAAACGAACCGAAAAGUCAAGAAACCGAAAACGAAACCGAAAGUGCACUUGUCCCCGAAAAAAUAGAGACCUAUAUUACGGCACCCUUGAAGAUCGUAGAACCCUUUGAAGAGAACUUAGAAGAAAAAAAGGAGGAGGAAGAAGAAAAGAAAGAGGAGGAGAAGGAGGACGACAAGGAGAAGGAUAUCAGCAGCCCUUUAAAACCGGAGAGUCCAAAGGCAAAAAAGUCGGUUAGCUUCAAUCCCAACGACGAGGAGAUUCGAAAGUUCACCACCGGCGAACCGAUCGUCGAUCAGAAGAAUCCCUUUCGCAAUGGCAACGUAGCCAGCAAAAAGACUCCUCCACCGGUGCCCACAAAGAGAUCCACUCUCAGCGUUCGCAAGACAGUGACCCAACAGCUAAGGGAAAGGGAACGUGAAAAGGAAAAGGAGCGGGAACAACAGAAGAACGAGUCCAACAUUCGGAAAAGUAAGAUCAGCCGAUCAUCAGCUCAGGUCACCGCCGAUGACUAUGUCACCACCGAGGAGGUGCUCAAGCAGUCCAAGUAUGUGAAAACGUACAUCAAAAAUCCGGAUGCCUAUUUUGUUUACGAUCCCACGGUGCUGGCACGUCUCAAGUUGGAGGAACUCAGGGAGACGACAGCAACAGGUAUCGGUGGUAAGUUGCCCAAGCGGAAACAGACCGUAAAGGAAUCACGAACGGGUGGUAAACAGGCUCGUCAUCAAAAUCCAAAUCAAAAUCCGAACCAGAAUCAGAACCAAAAGAAUCUAGAGCUACGAAAGCCACAGGUGGCCACAUUUAAAAAGUGCUCCAAGCCCAAUUACCCGGAAUUGGCCAACUUAAAGAUCCGCACUGGUACGAAUUCCGAUCCCGAAAGCAGUGCCUUAUUAUUCAACCCAGCUGAGGUAACAAAGAAUGCCCGAAAAUUCGAUGAGAGGGUGAAGAAACUGCAAAUAACCUCCGAUGAUGAUCUGGACGAAAUCGAUGGGCCGUUAACGAAAAGCGAAUCGAGUGACGAAUUGGCGGGCACUUCCUCUGUUCCACAGAGUCCACAGAUCAAGAAUCCGCCUCAAGCGAUGAGUGGUGGAGGAGGAGGAGGAGAAGGAGGAGCUCCUGGGGAGGAUUCGUCUUCACCCUCGCCGGGCACAUUCACCAACACCAUCAGCUCCGAUGAGUUCCAGGCCUAUCUGGAUCGCAAGGGACUGGCCCUAAUGCCCCGUCGUGAGCUAUUCUCGCCGACACCCACAAUUGGCCACAGAGUCAACCACUCGACACCGGUGCAAACGGCCGAGGAGCGACGCAAACAGGUGGCCGAAUCCCUGGCUGCCCUGCGCAAGAGCAACACCAAGAAGCUAUCGGUACUGCAACGACUCUCAAAUAGUCUCUUCCCAGCACGCCGAAAAACCACUCCCAAGUCGGAAAUGCCCAUGCCUCGAGGUCUCUUCCACGACCAGGGGGAAAAGGACGAGUGUCGACGCAAAGCGGAUGUUCCCUCAGAGAUACGACGUAUUUUAUUGGAGCGCCAAAGUCCCAACUGUCGUCGCCAAAAUGGUCAGGUUUCAGGUUCUACGAAUGUUGAUCCUACAGUUGACAAAGGUGACACCACUUUACAAAAUGGUGACCGUGCCACCACAUUGCAGAGAAGAAACGGUGACCGUGGGAACACUUUGCAGAGAAGAAAUGGUGACCCCAACACCACUUUACAGAGAAGAAACGGUGACCGUGACAACACUAUGCAAAGGAUAAAUAGUGACCCUGGCACUACUUUGCAGAGGAGAAACGGUGACUCUAACAUCACUUUGCAGAGGAGAAACGGUGACCCCAACAUCACUUUGCAAAGAAACGGUGACCCUGAGACCAGUUUCCAGAGGAUAAAUGGUGACACCACCUUGCGAAGAUCAACACUAGAGCGACCGGCCGUAAAUCCUAUGCGCCAAUGGCCCGAGGCUCAGCAGGUGGGUCGGAUUAACCGCUCAACGUCGGUGGAUCGUAGCCAAUUUAGCCACGACCAGCCAAUCCUAGCCAGUCCGGUGGCCUCUUCGACUCCCGUGCGCGGCCAGAACAACCAAUGGGAUCAAUUGCGAGCCAUCAAGGAGGUGACAGAUCGCCAACUUUACCACAAGCUUCAUCAGCAGCAACAACUUCAGGUUGUUCCACAGGCACAGCGACCAAAUGAGGAUAUUUACUCGCAGGUGCUAGUACAACCACCAACGGAUCAAGUAAAUUUCGUACGCGGUUCGGUGCAGCGCAAUACCUUUUCCGGGAUCAGUGGUCGCAAUCGCCCCUUGAUGGCCUUCAAUGGCACACCGCAGAGGCAAAUGCAAAUGGGGAUGCAGAUACAGCAACAGCAGCAACAACAACCGCCGCGAUGUCAGAGCGUCCUGGACAACCUAGUGGGAAAUCCGGGUCAACAGACGCCGGUGGUAAUGCGAAACAGGGGUCAACAGAUGGCAUCAUCCCGUCGCAUCGGUGGUCUUUUGACGCGCGAGGAGAUACUCGAUAAGGUCAAGGAGUUCUGCCGAAAGAGCAUUACCAAAGCUCCGGAACCAAAGACGCCAAUGCAGCCCGUCUACAAGCGACAUCUCACUCCGCCCAACGCUGAUGUUUCGCCCGUUUCGUACGCUUCCGUCGAUGAUCAGUGUGCCCGACCGCAGGUGCCACAGCGUGUCCAGAGUUUACCCAUCGCCCAGGGACGCUAUAUUCCAGGUGGUAUGACGACAGUAGACGGACCCUCGCCCAUUUACGCCCAUGUUAGCAAGCGAAACAGUCUGCUCUCCAAUGUCUCCGAACAGUAUUUGUCCAGCCAGCAGCUGGGAACGCUGCCCAGGCCGGUGCCCAUCAAUCAAUUGAUACUGGUGGACACCGGCGAGGGUGUUCAGGUGGCCCAGCUAGUGGACUACCUACCCUAUGUUCGUCCAGCACCGGCCCAUGGCUAUAUGAUGCAGGAUGGCAGGGCCACGCCGCUGAUCCUCGACCAAUCGGCACAGCAGACUAGCCAGAUCUACUGGACGCCACAGCAUCGUCAGCGGAUCGCGCAUCCGGUGCCAGCACCUCGCCUUAUAAAGGGACCAAACGUAGUGCCGUCGUCGAGGAACAGUACUUUGAGUCGACACUUGGAGGCCAGGAUGGGAAAUGCCUCCGACUGGGAACUAAGUUCGGAGGCCGGUGAGGUGCGUCGGAUAAUGGAGAAACAAUUAUAA